CAGUCAGCCAGCAGGUGGCACUGCAGUUCUCUUUCAGGAUUUCAACCUUUGACACAAUGACAUGAACGUGCGACGCAACUCAACUUGAGGCAGCUGCCAAAGAUCAAAAUACUUUCUAGUUUUACUCAUCUCUACUUUACUUUUAUUUUAACUCGUGGAGGUCAAAGCCUCCUGGUUUUCAUAUUAAUCAAAUGUCAGCCUGCAAACUGUUUUCAGAUCAGAACUUUUAGAAGCUGGAGGAAAACUGAAAGUUGGAAUAACAGGAAAGAGAGAGACUGAGAGAGGAGCUGCUGAUUACUGUUGCAUAAGUCAGGAUGUUGCUGGAGCUGCUGCUGGUCGCUGCUCUGUUGGUCGCCGUUUAUUUCCUUCUUCAUGCGACUGUACUGAAGGAGCCAAGAUGUCAAAGUGCUGCAAAGCUACAUGGGAAAACUGCCAUCGUCACCGGAGCGAACACCGGCAUCGGUAAGGCCACAGCCAUGGACCUGGCCAGGAGGGGGGCGAGGGUGAUCCUGGCCUGCAGGGACAGACGGCGAGCCGAGGCCGCCAUGAAGGAAAUCAUCCAGGAAACGGGGAACAGCCAGGUGAUCUUCAUGCAGCUCGACCUGGCCAGUCUGAAGUCCGUUCGCUCAUUCGCUGACGACUUCCUCCGGUCAGAGUCCAGACUGGAUCUGCUAAUCAACAACGCCGGUCUGUUGAAUAGUGGAAAGACGGAGGACGGCUUCGGGAUGAUCUUCGGUGUCAAUCACUUGGGCCACUUCCUGUUGACGGUGUUGCUCCUGGACCGGCUGAAGGCGAGCGGGCCGAGCCGCGUGGUGACGGUGGCCUCCAUAAUGUACAAGAUGGGAAAGGUGGAUUUCAGCUGUCUGACGACUCACAGAGACGUGGCUCUGGGCAGCCGCACGUAUCACCUGGGCCAGAAGUACAACGACAGCAAACUGUGCAACAUCCUGUUUACCUACGAGCUCGCCAAGAGGCUGCAGGGCACCGACGUCACCUGCUACAGCGUCCACCCAGGAGCUAUUCAGACAGAGAUCACUCGUAACUAUGGGUUCUGGUGGGGGCUCCUCAUUCACCCCAUCAUGUAUCUUUUCUUUGUGGAUGCUGUAUCCGGAGCCCAGACCACGCUCCACUGUGCCCUGGAGCAAGGCAUCGAGCAUCUGAGCGGCCACUACUUCUCCAAGUGUGCACCGAAGAUGAACAUCGAGGCGAAGGCGAGAGAUGACGCCGCCGCCAAGAAGCUGUGGGAGCUCAGUGAGAGCUUCUGUGGCCUGUCGUGAAACGGGAAAUCUGAGCUGUGUUUCUAAUCUAAUUUUGUGUGCGUCUCUACGCCUGCACUGUGCUUCAAGCAUCCUUUGAAACUCAAAGAGUCUGACAGCAUUUAAACACAUCAAAUAAUGAAUAAGACAUUUUUACAACUAAGUAAAUGUGACUAAUUGUUUACUAUAAAAGUUUAAUUCGAUUGAAUUUGAAUUAAAACACUACAUCCUGCAUCCGAUAUAUCCUCUACAAAAAUCCAGUGUAUGGCCACACACACGUUAACAUAUAUUUUGAGUUUGUUUUCACAUCAUUAAUUGGCAGCAGAAAUGCGAACAUAGAAUUUAAUAUGCAUGUAUUUACAAUAUGUGGUUCUUGGUGUUGUUAUAUAUACAGUGCUGAAUAUAGAUAUUAAACAUAGAAAUUUGAGAUAUGUGAUUUUAAUGUUUUUAAAAAUAUGGGUAUUCAUGACCUUAUUGAGGUACGUAGCCCACAAUAAAACUUGAAUUAAUGAUGAA